AUGUCUGGUGAAACUUUUGAGUUCCAGGCUGAGAUCUCUCAGCUCCUGUCUCUGAUCAUCAACACCGUCUACUCCAAUAAGGAGAUUUUCCUUCGGGAGCUUGUUUCCAAUGCCUCUGAUGCUCUGGACAAGAUCCGGUACGAGUCAUUGUCGGACCCCAGCAAGCUGGACUCUGGCAAAGACCUCCGCAUCGACAUCAUCCCUGACAAGGAUGCCAAGACUCUUACGAUCCGCGAUACGGGUAUCGGCAUGACCAAGGCUGACCUCGUCAACAACCUCGGUACUAUUGCUCGCUCGGGUACCAAGCAGUUCAUGGAGGCCCUGACUGCUGGCGCCGAUAUCUCCAUGAUUGGCCAGUUCGGUGUCGGUUUCUACUCGGCCUACCUGGUUGCCGACCAGGUUAAGGUCAUCUCGAAGAAUAACGACGACGAGCAGUACAUCUGGGAGUCGAGUGCCGGCGGCACCUUCACCAUCCUCCCGGACACGGAGGGUGAGCCCCUUGGCCGUGGUACAAAGAUCAUCCUGCACCUAAAGGAUGAGCAGAUGGACUACCUUAACGAGAGCAAGGUUAAGGAGGUGAUCAAGAAGCAUUCCGAGUUCAUCUCCUAUCCUAUCUACCUCCACGUCAAGAAGGAGACUGAGAAGGAGGUUCCAGACGAGGAUGCUGAGGAGGAAACUACUACUGAGGACUCCGACGAUAAGAAGCCUAAGAUUGAGGAGGUCAGCGACGAUGAAGACGGCAAGGAGAAAGAGGACAAAAAGAAGAAGACAAAGAAGGUGACGGAGACCACGAUUGAAGAGGAGGAGCUGAACAAGCAGAAGCCCAUUUGGACCCGCAACCCGCAGGAUAUAAACCAGGAGGAGUACGCUUCAUUUUAUAAGUCGCUCACAAACGACUGGGAGGACCACUUGGCCGUUAAGCACUUCUCGGUUGAGGGCCAGCUCGAGUUCCGCGCUAUCCUGUUUGUCCCGAAGCGCGCACCUUUCGAUCUCUUUGAGACGAAGAAGACGAAGAACAACAUCAAGCUCUACGUUCGCCGUGUCUUCAUCACCGACGACGCUACUGAUCUGGUUCCUGAGUGGCUAAGCUUUAUCAAGGGUGUCGUCGAUUCUGAGGAUCUUCCCCUGAACUUGUCUCGCGAGACACUGCAGCAGAACAAGAUCAUGAAGGUGAUCAAGAAGAACAUUGUGAAGAAGUCAAUUGAGCUGUUCACUGAGAUCUCCGAGGACAAGGAGCAAUUCGACAAGUUCUACACGGCCUUCUCAAAGAACAUCAAGCUGGGCAUUCACGAGGACACCCAGAAUCGCCCAGCGCUGGCCAAACUUCUGCGCUUCAAUUCGACCAAGUCGGGUGAUGAGCAGACCUCGCUGGCCGACUAUGUCACCCGGAUGCCUGAGCACCAGAAGAACAUGUACUACAUCACUGGCGAGUCUAUCAAGGCUGUGUCCCGUUCGCCUUUCCUUGACUCCCUAAAGGCCAAGGGCUUUGAGGUACUGUUCCUGGUCGACCCCAUCGAUGAAUACGCCAUGACACAGCUGAAGGAGUUUGAGGGCAAGAAGCUGGUUGACAUCACGAAGGACUUCGAGCUCGAGGAAACCGACGAGGAGAAGAAGACCCGGGAGGCCGAGGAGAAGGAGUACGAGGGCGUCGCCAAGGCUCUGAAGAAUAUCUUGGGCGACAAGGUCGAGAAGGUUGUUGUCUCCCACAAGCUGACGGGCUCGCCUUGCGCUAUCCGUACCGGCCAAUUCGGCUGGUCUGCCAACAUGGAGCGCAUCAUGAAGGCCCAGGCCCUGCGUGACACAUCGAUGUCGAGCUAUAUGUCGUCCAAGAAGACUUUCGAGAUCUCUCCCCAGAGCCCGAUCAUCAAGGAACUCAAGAAGAAGGUUGAGGCCGACGGCGAGGACGACAAGACUGUCAAGUCCAUUGUCCAGCUGCUGUUCGAGACAUCUCUGCUGGUGUCUGGUUUCACCAUCGACGAGCCUGCUAGCUUUGCCGAGCGUAUCCACAAGCUGGUCUCCCUCGGCCUGAACAUCGAUGAGGAGCCGGAGAUCGACGACGCGGCUCCUACUGAAGCCCCGGCUGUUACCGAUGCUGGCGACAGCGCCAUGGAGGAGGUUGACUAA